GUUAGCCUCUGAGCUGAAAGCCGCGGUUCAUAUCAGCGCAACAGGGCUGUCUGUGAACUCGGAGCUUGGACUUUAAGCGGUUCGUGACAGCCCUAUUUAAUACUUGACUUUACACUUUUACCCACGCAUGACGCCACGAGGGGACUCGGUGGGGUCGGCCUGAAAACUUUCCCCUGCCAUUGGUGUUUCUGAAGGAACAGGUGGAAAGUUCUGCUGCUUUUACUGAUGAAAAACCCAUGGCAGGACUGAGAAGGAAUAGUGAACAUCCCUCCUACCCUGUCUUACACUCCUCUCCUGUAAACCUCCAUCUUCUGGACUGUUUCACGAGGAUAUUCAGUUAUGCCGAGCAGAAAGCAAAGUAAAAUCCAUUUCUCAGCUUUGACCAUGUGAGCUCUGAGGUAGCUCUCUUAGCUCUGUUGUUUUUUGGCGACUCUUUCCAGUUGCCGGUAAUGUAGUAAUUCAAGUGAUAUUAGAAGCGUUUGGUGUCAUGAUGGCCGCUGCCUCCUCGCCUGAGAAGCUGCUGCAGCUCGAGGAGAUCGACUCCAGCCGAGCUGGUAGCUGCAUUCUCUCCCCGAUCCUCGGCUCCUCUUCUCCUGGUCUGUCCCAUGAAACAAGCCAGCCCAUCUGUAUCCGCUCACCAUAUACCGACCUCGGCCAUGACUUCACCACCAUACCUUUUUACAGUCCAACUAUCUUCAGCUACGGUGGUCCGAGCAUUUCUGAAUGCUCCUCUGUCCAUCAGUCUCUGAGCGCCUCUUUAUUUUACAGCCGUGUGGGGACGCCCAUUACGCUGCACUGCCCCCAGGGUCGAUCCCAGCAAGGCCAGUCAGCCCAGACUCCGUGGGACAGUGUUAUAACAACCAGAAAUCAUGACUCAAAACUGUCUGUUAGCAAGAGUGUGAGGAGGCGCUCCCAGGAGAGCGAGGAGAGCAUGGCGUCUUCAGGUGGGAAGGCAGACCUCCACUACUGUGCUGUGUGUCAUGACUAUGCUUCAGGCUACCACUAUGGAGUCUGGUCGUGUGAGGGGUGUAAGGCCUUCUUCAAGAGGAGCAUCCAAGGACACAAUGACUAUAUCUGCCCGGCAACCAAUCAGUGCACUAUUGACAAGAACCGCCGCAAGAGCUGCCAGGCAUGUCGCCUUCGCAAAUGCUAUGAAGUUGGCAUGACCAAAUGUGGUAUUCGAAAGGAGCGUGGAAACUACAGGAAUUCGCAGGCAAGGCGGCUAACCCGUCAAUCCUCACAGUACAUAACAGCUGAACCAAAGGGCAUAACUGGACCAGCUGAAGGUUCAUUAAAUGAGCCGGAAAAACCUGCACUGACCCCAGAGCAGCUAAUUGAGCGGAUAUUGGAGGCGGAGCCGCCAGAUAUCUACCUCAUGAAGGACGCGAAGAGGCCGCUGACCGAAGCAAGCAUCAUGAUGUUGCUCACCAACCUGGCAGAUAAAGAGCUGGUUCACAUGAUUAGCUGGGCCAAGAAGAUUCCAGGGUUUGUGGAGCUUAGUCUUGUAGACCAGGUCCAUCUGUUGGAGUCCUGCUGGCUGGAGGUGUUGAUGAUUGGACUGAUGUGGAGGUCAGUGGACCAUCCAGGAAAACUCAUCUUCUGCCCUGACCUCAGCUUGAGCAGAGAAGAAGGAAACUGCGUCCAGGGCUUUGUGGAGAUCUUUGACAUGCUGAUAGCUGCCACAACCAGGGUGAGAGAGCUCAGGCUGCACAGGGACGAGUACGUCUGCCUCAAGGUCAUGAUCCUCCUCAACUCCAACAUGUGCCUCAGUUCCUCAGACGGCAGCGAGGACCUGCAGAGCCGGUCCAAGCUGCUGCGCCUCCUGGACGCUGUGACAGAAGCUCUGGUGUUGGCCAUCAGCAAAACCGGUCUCACCUUCCAGCAGCAGUACACCCGCCUGGCUCACCUGCUCAUGCUGCUUUCACAUAUUCGUCAUGUCAGUAACAAAGGCAUGGACCACCUCCACUGCAUGAAAGUGAAGAACAUAGUGCCUCUCUACGACCUGUUGCUGGAGAUGUUGGAUGCCCACAUCAUGCACAGCUCUCGUCUGCCUCCUCAGCCUCCUCAGCAGGAGGAAGAUCAGAGUGAGGCUCCUGCCCGGCUGCACAGCUCUGCAAGCGGACCUUCAAAUACCUGGAUUCCCAGUAGCGCUAGAGCUGGAGGUGAACCCCAGUAGUCAGAUCAGAAUUCCGAUGCGAAAGAAUUUUCACUGCUUUGCACAAAACUAGUUCACGGGAAUGAUGAGUAUCUUCGUAGGAACGAGAGCUGGAUUCUCUGAUCUGUCACUGGUGAAUCUUUGACACGCUGUGCACAGUUUCUGGUGAACUUUCAAUAUCUUCAAAGUUAACCGCAUGGAGCACAGAUCACGCUUUCAGGAUUCUUUGCUUUUCCACUAUAUUGGCAAAAGACUAAAGCGAAACAGGAACAAACUGUCAAACCUGGUCACUCAGCUGUACUCAGAUAUGUGACAGGACCAUUAAAUCAGUCAGUCGACCAAUGAAAACCCAUGCAGAAAAACAGAUCACAACUGAUUUGAUCACACCUCCCAAUGACAGUAUGUCUUUUUAAACUGAUUAAUCAGAGCCUGUACAGUUUGCUGGAACAAGCAGCUUAUGUGUAACUGAUUCCCAAAAACAAGCACCUGCAGAAAACUCACACUUUAACUCUGAGUUAAAGAAAUCUUAUACUGUGAAACUUACAGUGCUCACUGGCGUGUUUUCUUCAACAAAUCUCAGUUUGUGUUUCGACUUUGUGUGUGUAGAUGUUUUAAUGCUUAAGUGGCUUUUCUAUACACAUGGACUUUAAUGUCGAGGCUGCAACAAAAGACUGUUGUUACUGAUUAUUGCUGAUUACUUAAUCAGUUUAUUGUUGGGUCUAUGCACUAAAACACUUAUGAUUUCCCCACAGACCAGGGCCACGGCUUCAUCUGCUAAGUUUUGUCCAUCCCACAGUUGCAAAUGAAAAUUUAUUUAGUCGAUGAAUUUCAAAAAUCCAUUGAUUUUUAUUCUUAUAUUUAUUUUGAAGAUGGAGAUGCAUGAAUAAUAAUAAAAAUGCUGUUUGUACCCAUGUUUAGACAACCCAAGGAAUUAUGACACAUACAUAAGAUAAUACUUUAUAUCCUCGUGUAAGGGAUUCAAAUUUCAUCAAGACUGCAGUAUAUCAUCACCUUAUAACACAAAGAUAGUUAAACUUCUGGGAUAUCAAUCUGUCCACUUAAGAAGCAUAAGCCAUUGUGAACAUCAUCCACUUGCUUUGGUGCAACCAGUUGCGCUGUCUGUGCAACGAUGCAACCCCCCCAACAUGAACUGGUUUGGCAUGUGGUGGCCUUAGACCACUUCUCUCUCCUUAUGCCUCCUUACAGAUCUUUCUCUGGUGUGACUUUUUUCACUUGUGUCACUGCUAGUGACACAACGCAGCGCCUGCUGCACAGGCAGUCUAAUUCCUCCAGGAUGGCACAUUCAUACUCGCUGUUACAAGAAGGUUUGCCGUGUCUCCAGGAGGAUGAAUACUAGGAGACGGGCAAUUACCCAAGGGGAGCUGGACAGGACAGUAAAAGGGGUAUCAAUGCAGCAGCUGAACUGAUAUAGUCUUCUUAUUAUUGUGAGGAAGAACAGGAGGAGCCCUAUAAAAUGACCUCCACUGGACUAUUCGAGAGCAUGUUCCUGGCCAAACUGUCAGAUGGUUGAUAACGCUCAUGCCACCGCCUGCAAAACCAUUCCCUUCUUGCAGGGGUUGCCAUUUACACCAAAGCAGGUGAAAUAGAUUGAUGAUGGAUUCUGCUUCCUGACUGAACAGAUUGAUGUCCCUGAAGUUUACCUGACUAUCUCUGAUAUUGUGAUUAUUGAGCGUUACCCUCAUUUAUUUUUUGAGUAGUGUAUAUGAUCAUUAAAGGCAGUAUUUGCACAAAGCAGUUACUUUGUUAGCAUCUCAUGUAUUUGUUGAAUCGCUCACAGAGUUGUUUCAUCUGGGUUAAAAUUAACGAGAGAACUCCAGCUAAGAAGGUGAUUUCUAGCAGAACUUAAGCUAAUUGGCAGUGAAUGUGGCAACUCUGAUUUUCUUCUUUAGCUUAAAAAACAGACAUGAAAACAAUUCCUCAACUGAAUGCUGAUUUUUUUUUUUGUUUUGUUUUUUUGUUUUUGUUAAAUACAGUUAUUUGAAAAAGAAAAAUAUCAAGCUGUGUUGAGCUGGUGCCUUCACUUGCUCUCAAUGUUUGUGCUUUAUUGUCAAAGAUGCCUUACUGUUGCUCUUAUGCCAACGUAGCACUUCAAAAAAAUUUCUAUUUUUGUAGUUUUGAACUUGCUACAGUUGCUCUUUGUGACAUGAUGCAGCUUCAACAAUCAGGAUCACUGCAAGGUUCAUCAAACAGAGGCCUCUGGACCCUCUGGACUCUGGUCUUUCUGUACAGCCUGUGCUUUUACUCUCAUCAGCCUUUGUCACCAAACUGUUUAAGCACUGCACAGAUACUUCUUGUUCAAUUCUGGGGAAAAUGUUUGAUGAAUGUAUAAAUCAGUAAAACAAUACGAAAGAGGAGCCUUUGUCUUAUUUGUUAUUUAUCAAACGCCGUGUUUUGCCAGCUUGCAAAUGAUCAGCAGAAGUAAAUGUUAAUGACUAUUUAAUUUUGAACACUAUCUUUAGUCUAGACUACAAAAUUAUUUUUUGAUAAAACAGAGAUACUAUAACUACCGGUAGGUAAAUUUUAAUUUGGAAAUUUUUAAAAAAGUAUAUAUAAAAUUCACAAACUCGAGAAAGAAAAGCACCAAUUCAUUUUCUUUAGCCAAAAGUGAUUGGUGAUUUUGGGGCAAACAAAACGAAUCCUAUACAAAGGGUAGUGUAAGUCACAGAAAACAGAUGCCGGUGCCACUCGGAUGGAGCGGGUCAUGUGUAGCACAGUGUUCUCUGAACCAAAUAAAAUCUUUUAAAAGAAGGUCCCUCGAGUAGACUUUCCAGAACUUCCAGUCCUAAUCUCUAACUGCGAUUAACAUUGAUGUUAUCCCUGAGGGUUUUGUUAGUGCAGCAGAGUACUGUGGGCUUGGCUUGAUAAAUGAAAACGGGUCCUUUUCGGGGACCCCUCUUUAAAUCCAGCAUCUGAUCAGCACUGCUUGAACACCGGCAGAGGCCUCAGAUGUAGGAUGUAGAAGUAAGAACAUGGCAGAGAAUGCGCCCAAUGAUGAAAAUAGCAAAUAGAACAAAAAUGAGUGAAGUGGCCGUCUAAGAUGCUGGGUUUUUUUUUGUUUUUUUUUUUAAACAGCCAUGUAUUACUUCUGCCAAGUAUGUUUUCUUUUAGAUAGGAUUUGCAAGUGUGCACGCGGUUUGAAUGAAUUCUAAUAAAACUUUGACCUCA